AUGGAUAUCCACCGCUGUCGUUUCGUCCCCUAUAACCCGCAAGCGAUCAAUGCGCUCGCCUUCUCGCAUCCUCCCUCCGCGGAACUCGCCGGACGAGGUGUCCCGACGCUUCGACUCGCGAUCGGUCGCGCAAACGGCGACAUCGAGAUCUGGAACCCCCUGCGCGGCGCCUGGUUCCAGGAGACGGUUCUGCGCGGCGGAAAGGACCGCAGCAUCGAGGGCCUCGUCUGGACGCUCGAUCCCCAGGACACCGCUGCCGACGGCUCCAAAACGCCCGGUAAGCUGCGCCUCUUCAGCAUCGGCUACUCGACCGCCGUCACCGAGUGGGAUGUCGAGCAGGGCAAGCCCCUGCGGCACUCGAGCGGCAACUACGGCGAGAUCUGGUGUCUGGCGGCCCAGCCGAGGUGGCAGCCCACGCAGCGCGGGAAGGACGGGAAGUGGCUCCCCCCUGCGGAGGGCGAAUUUACGGGCCAGCAUCUGGCGGCGGGGUGUGCCGAUGGGUCGAUUGUGAUUAUGUCGACGGCGGAUGAGGAGCUGAAGUUUUUGAGGCUGAUGAGGCCGUCGACGAAGAGGGCUAGGGUGUUGAGUGUGACGUUCCAGAAUCGGAAUACCAUCGUGGCGGGGUAUGCGGAUAGCUCGAUUCGCCUGUUUGAUAUUCGCAAUGGCCAGCAGCUGCGCACGAUGUCGCUGGGUAAGGGCCCGACGGGCGGUUCGAAGGAGUUGUUGGUUUGGUCGGUGAAGUGUCUGCCGGAUGGCACGAUCGUGUCGGGUGACUCGGCGGGUGAGAUCCGGUUCUGGGAUGGGAAGAACUACUCCCUUAUUCAGCGGUUGCAGGGCCAUCUGGCGGAUACGCUGGAUGUUGCUGUGAGCGCUAAGGGUGAUACCGUGAUCAGUGGAGGCGCGGACCAGAGGACUGUGGUCUACAGGAAGAAAGACGCGGAGAAGAAGGGCGACAAGAAGGCUCGAUGGGCUGAGGUCAUGCACCGUCGGUACCAUACCCACGACGUGAAGACCUUUGCUGUCUACGAGACGAAGGAUAUCAGUUUUGUUGUGUCGGGAGGACCUGAUGCGUCUCCGGUCAUUCUACCGCUGCGGGAAUUCGGAAAGGAACACCACAGGAAGCUGUCGACCCUACCGCAAGUCCCCCAGCUUGCCUCCUCGCCUUCUUCGCGACUCGUCAUGAGCUUCUGGGAUCGGGAGGUCAGCAUCUGGCGCCUGUCUCGUGGCCCUACGUCCGCGCACGAAACACCGGAUGGUCAGAGGCACCGGCUGGUCGGGAAGGUCCUGAUUCAGGGCGAAGAGAACAUCACCUCCGCUAUGCUAUCCUCCGACGGAAAGAUCUUGGUUGUUGCGACGGCAUCUACCGUAAAAGCGUUCUCUGUUCGCCGGCGCAAGGGCGACGAGAAAGGAAUCCUACGCAUACAGAAACUGGACAUCCCAUCCGAUCUCGCGGACGAGGGAGCCCGUGUCGUUACCGUCUCCCCCGACAGCCGGUGGAUCUCGGUCGUCCGCCCGAACAGCGAUGUCUACCUGGCCAGAAUCAUGCCGGCUUCUUCGCCGCAAGAAAAGCCCCAGGUUCUUCCCCAGCUCGUCAAGCUCAACCGGGCGAAUCGUCACACCCGCCACGAGAAAGCUUCCCACGGUACUCUCGGCAACUACGAGCGGGCGAUCCGAUGCGCUGUCUUCUCCGAUAACAGCAGAGUCCUCGCGGUUGGAGACCUGUCUGGAUGUGUGGACUCCUGGUCAUUGGAAAGCGCGGAGGAAUCGACGGAGAAAUCCGCCCUGAAGCGCAAUGCUGCGGCUGACUCGGAUGACGACGACUCUGACGAUGAAGACGAGCAGCCCAUCAUUGAGGGCGAGCGCUGGCACCUCACUGCUGCCGAGUCGCCCAUUCCUCGUCUCAAGUCCGGAGUCGCCCUGCUAUCCUUCCGUCCCUCCAACACAGCUGCAACGAAGCAACUGACCAACGGAGCCGCUAAGCCGAACGAGAGCCUGCUCAUGGCGCUCACAAGCGAGCACCAACUGGUUGAGUUUGACGCCCUUGAGGGCAAACUUUCAGACUGGUCACGGAGAAACCCCAAGGCCUACCUCCCCGCAGAGUUCCAAGGCGUCAAGGACCGCGCCAUGGGCUGCCUAUGGGACAUGAACGAGGAGCGGGAACGCCUCUGGCUCUACGGCACCUCCUGGCUCUGGAUGUUCGACCUCAACCAGGACUUCCCGUCCUCGGAAGAGCUCGACGCGUCCGCCGACACCCAAGACGACGGCACGACCAACCCGCAGGCCACUCCGUCCAAGUCCUCCGCCGCGCUCAACAAGCGCAAACGCGAUCCCUUCGAGGACACCACCGAGAACGGCCGCAAGAAGCCCAACACCGGCGCCGGUGACCGCAUCCCCCUCGCCCAGUCCGACGUCUUCGUCGCCCCGAGAAUGCGCAAGAUCACCGGCCCCGACGACUCCCACAGCGAAUGGGUCUCCCUGGACAAGGAACGCCCUCGGGACCCCAACGACGACGAGGACAACGCCGACAACGACGAGUCCUACACCACCGCCCAGGACGCCCAGUUCGCCCGUCUCCGCCGCACCGCGCUCCAGGACCACAACGAGGAGACCGACCCCCACACCCCCCGCAAGAAGCGCCUCUCUAUCGGCCUCAAACACAUCGUCAACUCCUUCGCCGAUACCCCCGCGCCCAAGAAGUCCGCCGACGUCGGCGCCCUGGUCGCCGCCGACCCGGCCAAAUCCCAAUCCGGCCGCCGCUGGUGGCACACGUACAAGUACCGUGACAUCAUGGGCAUCGUGCCCCUCUCUUCUUUUUCUGCUUCUGCAUCCUCCGCCCUCACCGAUGACGAUGACAAAUCCGAAGACGACGACGACGCUGCCGCGGGUAUUCUGGAAGUCGCCGUCGUGGAAAGACCAAUGUGGGACGUUGAAUUGCCCGGCCGAUACGUCCGGGAUUAUGAAUGA